UGAAUGACUGGAAAAGGAAAACUUGGUACAAGAUGUGUUACAAGAUCAAGAUAAAAAUUACGCAAGUGUUUAAAUGAAAUAAAUAGAAAAUACGAAAGAUCAUCAAGAUAGCAUUGUCAAGGCGACCAUGGAAGUAUAAAAGAAUGGGACAAGUAUGGGUUAUUAGGCAUAAAAAUAGUGUCUCCUAUAGCGUCCAUAGCCACUUGUGAAGAAUAAACUUCAUAAUGAACUUUCUCUGCUGUUCGUUGGCGAUGCUUGUCUUCGUGUCCAGCGUGAAGAGUCUGUACAUACAAGAUGCGCAAGACCUGCCACGGCUACAGACAUUGGCAAGGAUUGGUGACAGACCAGCAGCAGCUGUGCCUGGGCAGAAGACUGUAAUCAUUACAGGCAAUUCAGGUCAGCCAACGCAAUACAGAACGUAUGUAGACCCUUACAGUACCUACGGCACUAACACUAUGACAAGAGGAUCCACCGUAGUCAUAAACGUGGCCGAGGACCAAGACCCAUACUAUGCCACUAUGCCGCAAGCUGUGCCCGCUCGUACUAUGAGAAUCUAAACAGUACUUAUCUAUCAAUAAUGAAUCGUUUUUCCCGAACAAGAAAAAGAUGUUUCCAUUGCAUAAUUAAUAAUUUUGAUCAAAAUAAAUAUUUUCCGGAAAUCUUCUCGAUAUCAUACAUUACAUUGGACUUGUAAACAUCUUUAACACAAAAUAAACUUACGAAAUUCCAAAAA